AUGAGGUGCAAAAAGCUCUUCAUGCCAUGCAAACCGGAUGGUCGGCUUGCAGAACCACUAACUAGCUUCCCUCCUGAAUCUUGCACAGCAGUUUUGGCUGGACAGAUAGGCCAACAACCAUUCUACCCACAAUCAAGCAGCUCAUGGCAAGUUGUAUCAGUGUAUGGGUGUUCAGAUGGGUUCACUGAAAUUCCAUUGACAGAAGCUAAUUUUGUACUGCAGAAGCCUUAUGAUACACCCCCUGAAGAGCGGUACAGUUACGAAAAUGGAGUUCACAAGAUGUGGGUUUAUGCUGAUGAUAAGCCACUCGCCCUUGGUAGCAACACCCAACCACGCACUGAAAUUCGCAAUAAAGGGCUUGACUACUGUUCGGGAGUAUGGCAAUUCGAAGGCAAUUCUUUUGUGCCAAACGGCACCUCAGGUGCUACAAUAGUGCAGAUCUUUGGUGCAGCACAUGGAAAUACAACUAUGCUUUUGAGGAUCUACAAUGGAGAAAUGAGGUACUACAGUUAUGAACUCGUGGAUGCUACAAACCUUUAUGACAAAUGGUUGAGGGUAAAUUUAAUCCACAACGUUGAUGGAGGAUUGGAUAGCGCCUCACUUCUUACAAGGAUAACGCCUCAAUCUGUUAGGGAGGCACCUACAAAUUAUAAGCCCCAUUUACAUAAAUGGGCAUCUCUCACAACAUGGUUUACAUCCGAGUACUUUGCUCUCCUUGAACAACAAAACACUAAUGUCACCGUAACCUUUGAUAGUAGAGUAAGUCCCCCGAACAAACCACUUAAUUAG